AUGACUUUGCACUAUCUCGAUGUGUCUCUAUUGAUUCAUCCCAUCAAUCCUAGACCGGGAAAGCCUCCUAUUACCGUAGCACAAAUCAUCCGAAAUACUUGGGCUCGAGAUGGAUUUCGUGGAUUCUAUCGCGGUGUCAGCGCUUCGUAUGUGGGAUCCCUGGAGACGGCUUUAAACUUCAUGAUCUAUGAAAACAUAAAGGCGCGGCUUCUCUGGUGGGAUUUGCAAAGACGACAACACUUGACCCUGGAAGUUUCUGAUGUGAACUCCACCUCGUCCUCUUGUCAUACUGGCACCGCAGCCAAGGCUACUGAUCUGCGCGGAUCACGCGGGGGUAGCAAAUUGAAUGCAUCUAGUGAUAUGGUUUUAUGCAUGAUCGCUAGCGCGUGCUCCAAGGUGGUUGCCAUUACUGCACUGUAUCCCCACGAGGUGGUGCGUACUCGUUUGCGCGAGGCGGAUGGUCGCUAUCGAGGAUUCUUACGGACAUUACGCCGAGUUGCUAACGAUGAAGGUUUCUCCGCUUUGUAUCGAGGUAUGGGCACGCAUUACAUUCGCCAGGUCCCAAAUUCUUGCAUUAUGAUUGGNUAUGAUUGGCACCUACGAGGUCGUUGUCUUUUUGCUUCAAUCCUGGGGCUUUACUAA